CGCGCGUGGCAUUAACUGAGGAGCCGUCGAGUCGUUCGGCGACGGCCUCGCUCCAAAGCGAAUCGACGACUCGUGCCGCCGUUGUGCGACAGCUGCGGCGGCUCGGCGUCGGCCUGAUCCCGUGCGCGCGCCCGAGCUUUCGGCGCGAAACUUUGCCGCCAUCCCCCCUCCCCCUGCUCUAUUUCCCUCUGCAGCAUUCAGAUCUUGGUGCUCAUCACCAUGUCGCGGCAGGAGAGGGUGGCGGCGGCGGCGCAAAAACUGCUGAAGAUGGAUGCAGCUCGAAGCUCGGGUGCGCAAGGGCGCUGCAGCUCCAUCGCGGAAGGAAUUGGCGGCGACGAUGCGGAAGACAGGGCUAGGUCGGGUGCCGCCCGUGCCGGAGCAGAGGAGGUCGGCCGAGACGGCGCGAUCCCUGGGGCAGAGGAGGUCCGGCGCAGAUCCUCCACCAAGCUCCUUCACCGACGGGAACUCCUUCAACGUCAACGUCAACGGCUUCUAUGGCAGCACUGGGCAGAGCCCCAUCGGAGCUCCAUGGAUUUUUUUCCCCCAAUGUUCUGAUCCUGCGACAUGGUUUCCAAAUCUGUCAUUUUGGAGAUUUGGAGCAGGUAUUGAAUCUGAAACCAAGUAUACAAUUUCGAGAUUUACUUGUUCUAUUGGUUAGGAUGAAAUCUGGUAUAUGCUAAGUCAACCAAAUAUUUUUGUGAAAUUGAUAUGUGCUGAAAUUUCCUAAUGCUGAAAUAUGCUGAAAUUGUUGGCUGCUCUAUUAUGAAGUGUCUUAAGUGUGAACUUAAGUGUGAACCGAUGCAUACCAUGUGAACUGUCAUCAUGUGAACCAUGUAUAAAAAAUGCCCAAGGGGGUAAAGCAAAGACAUAUCCAUCCUGCUGCAUAUGGCUGGGCAAAAUACCCGAUACCCGAAGCCCGAACCCGAAAAAUCCGAGCCCGAACCCGAAAAACCCGAAUCCGAAAAACCCGAACCCCAAUUCAGGUUCUAACCCACGGUACCCGAAAUUAUUACGAGUAGUUCGGGUAUUGGGCUACGGUACCCGAACUACCCGAAAUCAGCCCAGCCCAUAGAUGUGUUUACUCAUUGUAGGCUUGCAGCCCAGCCCAUGAAACCUCUUAACCCUAACCUAGGCACAGCGCCCCACAGCACCCCCAGUCCCCCACCGCCCCACCCCAGUCACGCCGCCACAGGCCACAGCGCCCCUCGCGAGUCGCGAGUCGCCCGUCCGCCCCUCGCGCGCCGACCGCCGUCACCGGCUCACCGCGCCACCGCCCCUCGCCCGCCGGCCGCCGUCACCGCGCCACAGCCUGCCGGAGCAUCUCGUCCUCGUCUCAAGCUGGAGGUGCCCACCACGCCACCGCCCAGGGCCCGCUGGCCGCCGCCACCGCGCCCCAGCCCAAGCGUCUGCCGGCCGCCGCCAUCAUGCCCCCCGCCCGGGCGCACGCCGGCCGCCGCCACGGCGCCCACCGCCCAUGCGCAUCUUGAAGCUCCUCCACCUCUCCAAUCUCCUCCUCGCCCUCGCGUCCUUCUCCGAUUCCCUCCGUCUCUCCCGCGCAGAGCAGGAUCCUGAGUCCACGCCCGCCAGAUCUGCCUCCUCCACGCCCCCUCAGCUUUUGCUCCUGCAGUCCCGCGAGCGGGUGGGGCUUCGGCGGCGGCAACAGCCCGAGUACGCGCGCCCCCUCCGCGAGCGCCAAUCGGCCGCAACGCACGCAGGGAGGGACGGCGUCGAGCCGGCCGCGCGGGCUGCCUGCCUGCUUGGUCAACUGCGAGCGAGGAGCCGCGGUGUAUUGUAGAGUCUAGGAUAGUUCGGGUUGUUCGGGUAAAACC